UUGUUGCUCAUGAUCAAAGUGGUUCACCAGUAUUGUUGCAUGUCGAGACAUCGGACUAUUCACUUCUUGGAUGGAUUCUAUGAAAAGAUCAAUCAGCUCCUCUGGCCUCGACUCAAGAUGAUCGUGGAUGCCCAUCAGCGUAGUAUCAAAAGUGCCAAUGCUCUCAAGCUCGGUGAGGUCGACUCACAGGCACACUAUGUGUCUCCUCGCUUUGCCGAGUUUGCUGGUUCGGUUCUAUUGAUGCUCAAACAUGGUAACAACUCGGCGUCGGAAGCUGCUGCAGGUUGGCCAUUGGAUAUUGAGCCUACAGAAGAUUGAGAGUAACAUGAACACUACCGGUACUUGAAGACUGAUCUCUCGACGAGUUGAGGUGAGCUGGAUGUGGUUGAGACUAACAUUUCAGAGAC